GGGUGGUAGCCAAGAAACCACAUUUCCCACAAGGCCAUGCGUUAGAAACACGGAAAUGGAUCAGGUGGCAGAUGCAGCAGUGUGGCCCUUCAUCUCCCAGCUGCUCCACCUCUGACUGCUUCCCCCUCGGUACCCUCAAUACAGCUGCAUGUGGAAGUGAGACUUCGGCUGAACCGCAGAAACGCGAACCUGCAGGUCUCUUCAGGAUGAGACCCACCGUGAUCUUCUAUGGAUUCUACCUGCUGUGCUUCGGCCUGGGUGUGGCCUGCGUGGUGUGCGUGUGCCUCUGGAACAGCAAGUGGCGCGGCGGUUUUGCUUGGGACGGCUCGUCGCUUCAGUUCAACUGGCACCCCGUCUUGAUGGUGACGGGUCUGGUGGUGGUGUAUGGCAACGGAGCUGUGUUGUACCGCAUCCCUCUGACCUGGGGUCAGAAUAAACUCCCGUGGAAGCUCCUUCAUGCGGCACUGAUGCUCCUCGCCCUGGUGCUGUCGAUCGUGGGGCUCUGUGCUGUGUUUGACUUCCACAACGCCCAAAAGACACCCAACCUCUACUCCAUACACAGCUGGAUCGGAAUCGCAGCAACAGCUCUUUUCGCAAUGCAGCGGCGUUCUACUGUAUUAGGUCAGGUGUGGGUGGCCUAUGUUCAGUGGUAUCAGUUCAUUCAUCCUCCAGGAAAUCGGAAAUCUUGCAUGCUCUCGUCACAUGAGGAUUACACCAGCACAGGGUCUGACAAUGGGACCAAGGAUUUCACCAAGAUAGCUAACGGCAGUCAGGGUGCUGGUGUCUAG